UUAGAUUGCCUUUCAUAAGCCAUUCAUUGAUGAACAUUCGGUUUAGUGUGGGAGUGCCACAAAAAAAUCUUUCGCAAGUUCGCAGUCGAGUAAACGUCAGAUACACAGAAUAGUUACACAAAGAAAGUGUCAACUUCAGUCAGCUGUGUUUUUUGUGUACGAAAUUUGGAAAUUUGUUUAAAUUAAUCGAGAAAUGAAUGUGCAGGAACCUGUAUAAACUAAUUUUAAUUCAAUAUGCCUUUUCCGAAAAUUGAAGGCUACGUUGUGACGGAGAAACUAGGCUCUGGAAGCUACUCCACAGUUUAUAAAGCCUACACAAAGGUGGGUGCGAGAUCAGUGGUGGCUAUAAAAUGUGUGGACAAGUCCCGUCUGAAGCACUCAUCAUCGGCUGUGGACAACCUCAUCACGGAGAUACGACUGCUGAAAACACUGCAACACCCACACAUCGUGCAGAUGAAAGAGUUCAGCUGGGAUGACAGGAAUAUCUACAUUAUAACAGAAUACUGCAGUGGAGGAGACUUAUCAAAGUACAUACACAAAUAUGGCAGAGUACCAGAAAGACAGGUGCUAUACUUCCUGCAACAACUCGUCUCCGCGCUGAGGUUCCUGAGGUCCCACAACGUGGUCCACAUGGACCUGAAGCCGCACAACCUGCUGCUGCACGAGGGGAGCGCGGGGAGGGUCACGCUGAAGGUCGCUGACUUCGGUUUCGCCCAGUACAUGGCAUCGGAAACGCUGCAGGCGGGCAUCCGCGGCUCCCCGCUGUACAUGGCGCCCGAGAUGCUGGCGGAGGGCGCCACCUACGAUGCCGCUGUGGAUUUGUGGAGCCUAGGUGUAAUAAUGUACGAGUGUCUGUUCGGGAAGGCACCAUAUUCUUCUGGCACGUUCAAAGAACUCAUGGAGAAGAUUAAAAGCAAAGCACCUAUAGAGAUACCCCCAAAAGCCUCCAUCUCACCAGGCUGCCGGGACCUGCUCACGCGCUUGUUGCAACACUCGCCGGAACAACGCAUCACGUAUGAGGAACUGUUUGCACACCCGUACCUGGACUUGGACAGGAUGCCCAGCAAGCAGAACUAUGAGAAGGCGGUCCAGUUAAUCCGUCGCGCAGUAGACCACGACGGCGCGGGGCGGCUGAGCGCGGCGCUAGAGGACUAUUGUGAAGGACUGAAGUUGUUAGUGGCUGAGGUCGCGAGAUAUCGUUCUGCAGAUUCCCAGCAAGCUCUUACUGCUAAGAUAAACACCUACAUGGACCGAGCGGAACAAAUCAAGGCUAUACUGAAGCAGCAGUCCACCCCUACCCCGCCACUGUCGACCCCGCUACCCCUGCGGCGGGACCUCGUGCCCAGCUGCUGUAGUGCCGGCGUGGAGAGCCACGCUUACUACUAUGACAAACAACCGCUAACACCCAACACGUGCUCGUGUGGAUCACAAGGGGAGGCGGAGGGAUCCUGCCAGUGCGGGGCUGAUAAUGUGAAGGAUAAGAAUGGAAUAAACAAAAUAGACAAGAGCUCAUCAAACAGCAGCGGCUCCCCGAAGCCGAAGCGGUUCGAGCUGCCGCGCUGGUUCAGGAAGAAGGAUGUGCCGUACUUACCGGAGAAUAUUAUUGAAGAGACAGGCGAGGCUACGAAACCAGACUGCACCCCCCUCGGCGAGCCCGCCAACGAAGGCUGCAAGAUCACCUGAAGCUUUCAGACAAUACGUCCUCGAAAACUGCCAUAUUCUAGAAAUUAUUAUAGUUUAUUUUAAUGUG